UAUAAAGUAUAUGAAUCGGGGAAGAAGAAAGAAAAUAAAAAGAAAGAAGAGAGAGAGAAGGAUCCCUCCCACAAGUACACGAACCGGGAAAAAGAGAGAACAUAAGAAGAAAUUAAGUAAAACAGAAGAAGUACUAUAGAAAGAGUGGAACAAGAGAAGGAACACAAUGGUGGACUGGUUAAUGCUCUGUCUCUAUUAUCCUGGAACAACUUUGGGACUGACUGCCUUCGUGACAUAUAUUGUGUAUUACUUCACCAACGCCGUCAAGCGCCCCCUGUUUGCCUGCAGGAACAGCGCCUGGAGACUGUUCCUGGAGGAGAACCUGACCGUCCUCCAAGAGAAGUACUGGCCGACGCCAUGGUGCAUAGACACCCACCUACAGACAUUCUUCGCCUCUGUUUCGCGUGCCUUCAUUCGCCCCAUAGAUUACAAAAGGGAGGUCCUCCGGUUAAAGGACGGCGGCGAGGUGGCUCUGGACUGGCUCGAGGCGUCCGAACGGAGAGCCAAUCCUGUCGCCGUCGUUCUGCCUGGUCUCACAGGGGCCUCCGACAGCGUGUACGUGAUCGGGAUGGUGAUGUCGCUGCACAAGAUGGGCAUUUCCUGCGCCGUCCUCAACAGCAGGGGCACGGGAGGGAUGGAGCUCAAGACAACCAGGACCUACUGCGCCGCCAACAGCGACGACCUCGAGGAGGCCCUAGACCACGUGGCCGUCACUCGCCCCGGAGCCCCAGUCAUGGCCGUCGGCAUUUCCUUAGGCGGCCUCAUCAUCGGGCACUACUUGACAACGCGGAAGGAGGCGGCGGCGAAGAAGCUGGUGGCGGCGGCGGUGCAGUCCGUGCCUUGGAAUCUGGUGCAGGGAAUCCGGUACAUCGAGCGGCCGGGGCUCAGCCUCCUGUUCAACCAGUACCUGGCCUACUGCCUCAAGGGACUGGUCAGGCUCCAUCGGUACCAGCUGGAGGGAGACCAUCUGUUGGACAUCAAGGAGGUGUUGGAGAGCAUAACGGUUCGGCAGUUCGACACGAGGUUCACGGCCAAGCAGUUCGGGUUCGACGACGCUGAGCACUAUUACCAGGCGUCGACUCUGUACCAUAAGCUGGACUACAUCAAGGUGCCUUUCCUCUGCCUCAACAGCGGCGAUGAUAUUUUCCAGCCGUUGGAGGACAACCCUUUCGGAGCCGCCAGCAAAUCAAGUCACGUGGCGCUUGUAGUAACGGUAAGAGGCGGCCAUAUUGGAUUCAUGGAGGGACUGUGGCCCGCGAAAUCGUAUUAUAGCGAACGUCUCUUAACCCAGCUGGUAGUGAGCAUAUUCUCCAACCUCGAGGCCAUGAAGAGCAUUCAGAAGGAGGCGGAUGACUAUGCGAAAGCUGUUGAGGUCGCUUGUGGUAACGCGUAGGAGAGAAUAGGUUUCUAUUUGUUUUUUUCUUUCGUUCUCUUUUAUAGGUUAUUUUCUUUGUUGAGGUAUGGGUAUUUAUGUUUUGUAUCAUUAUUAGGUUUUGAUGUCGCAUUCCCUCUUGUUCUUUCUAUAGGACAUUUUUUUAAUUGCUUUUGUUCUUGUCUGUGGAAUGAUUUUCAUUUAUUCAAUAUUUAUUUAUGCUUUUAUUCUAUAGAAAGUUUUUUGUGGUAAAUACUUUGUCUGAUAGACUGACCUGUAUCAAUCAUAAGCUGAACCCUGCCGGAACUACCUCAGUGCCUAAUAAUGUAAAAUUAAUAUUUGUUUUUCCUCCCUUUUUAAAGCGUGGGAGAUCUCACAGAAGUAUCUUACACGUAUGAAUAAAUAUUUUGCA